CGAGCCGAGUCCUCCCCAGCCUAGACACGCCCAGUAACUGCUGCGGGGGGCGGGCUCGGGGAGGGACCUUCUCGUGCCCGCCGCGGAGCCCUGGGGGCCGAGCCCGGCCCCAGCGGAGCGAGCCCCCUCUGCAGGCUGCAGCCCCAGCGCCCGGCGCGAUGUCGGUGACAUUUGAGGAUGUGGCCAUGUAUUUCUCCCCAGCGGAGUGGGCCCUGCUGGGCAAGGAGCAAAGGCAACUUUACAGACACGUCAUGUGGGAAAAUUACCAGACUCUGGUCUCGUUAGGGAUCCAAACCCCCAAGCCAGUGGUGAUCUCCAGCAUAGAGCGAGGGGAAGAGCUGUGUGUCCAGGGUCCCACAGAAGAGGAACAUGGGGACAUCCUGAGAGGCAUCCGCCCAGAUUUUCCAGAUGCAGAAGAGACCUGGGACUGGCCAGCAAUUGAAAGUUCCAUGGGCUUCUUCCUCACACAAAGCUCUUCCCCUGCAGCAGCACUGGGGCCCCUGGGAGUUUGGCCUCUUGCACUCAAGUGUCAAGGGUCAGCCCUGCUCUGAAGGGAGGGGCUUAGGGCUGACUCAGGCUCAUCCCCCU